AUGAAGCUAAAAACAUAUUCGCUAUUGCUGUUUUAUUUUAUUUUUAGUAUUUUAGUCUAAAACACUGUGUAAUAACAAAAUAUUACUCAAUCAGACAGAAUUUUCAUAAAAUAAGAAUAGUAAGUAUGGUAGAAAACUUAAAUUAAUCCAUAUAAAUAUUAAGAUUUUAGUGUGGAUCUUUCUUUUGGAAAAUUCUAAAAAACACCUAAAGUGGUUUAUGGUUUGACAGUUUAUAAUAGUGAUUAUUCUAGCAAUUAAGGGUUUCUAUUAUAGACAAAUUCUGUAAAUUAAACAUCUUUAAGCUAUCGUUUGCAAUCUGAAGGUUGUACUUUGGUGUAAUUAGGUUUUAAUAUUCUGGCUAUCGAUGACCCUAAUGUUGAAGUAUAAUAAAAAAUAUUAUAAUCUGGAGUAACUACUAUAAUUAAUGGAACAUAAAGUAUUUAACAAAUUGCAGGAUUUAUAUACGGUUUUUAAGGAAACAGCUAGGAUUAGUUGGUUUUAAAGUAUUCUCUAACUAAAAUUGAUAGUAUGAGCUAUAAAAUAUAAUUUAGCAAUUAAAAUAUUUAAACUGUUUAUAUGAAUUUCCUUAUUAUCUAUCAAAAUUCUUCGCCUGAUAUAUUCUAAUAGCUAUAUGCAUACUAAUCAACUUUUGAUUCUUAAAGUCAUUAUCUUGGUGGUAGUGAUACUUAAGUAUGGACAUCUAGUACUUUUAUUGACUAUUCAUAAAUAUUUUUUGGAUUAAAAGACUUUGGUUUAACCUCUGGUGGUUGUAUUUUAUGUGAUUAUUAUUUUGGUGUAAAAAUAUAGAGUUUAUAAAAUCAAAUUCCUGAGGCUUAAAAUAAGCAAGUUCAACUCUAAUAUUUUUCUUGUUGCGUCAAAUCUUGCAAUACAAUAGAUCAUCAUUAUAAUACAAAUCCAUCAAAUACUCAUACUUUAUACUCAACAACUAUAUCUUACUGCUAACAAUGUGACCCUAAUUGCUAUGGAUGCUAAGAUGGUAAUCCUAGUUCUUGCACAGACUGUUAUAAUAAUUAAUAUCUUAAUCCAAAUACUAAUUCUUGCGAUUAAACCCCACCUCCUAAUACUUUUUGUUAAAUUACAAUAAUUUAAGAUUAAAGCUAUUAUAACUGUUAAAAAUGCGAUUCUACUUGUUAAUAGUGUAGUGCAGCUGCAGAUCCUAAUUCUUGUCUUUCUUGUGACACAACUUCUUAAAAUAAAUAUUUUUAUAAUAAUAAAUGUUAUAAUUCAUAGCCAGAUUAAACAUUUUGUGAUUCUAACUUUAUUUGCUAAACAUGUGAUUAAACUUGUGGUUAAUGUUAAGCACCUGGAAACGCUAAUUCAUGCACAUCCUGUAAUAAAUUUGCUAUGAAUAAUAACCAAAAUAAACUUACUGUUAAAAGUAACAAUCAUAUUAUUCUUGUUAAGAUUGCUUUAAAAACUGUUAAUCUUGUAGUGGAGUUUUAGAAACGAAUUGCAUUUAAUGUUUAAGUAAUUACUACUUUUUAAUGA